AUGGCUUUAUGUGGAAAAAGUAGAACUACUGCUCGAAAUGUCAGAAAACCAUCAACAAAGAAUGACAGUAAAAAAGAAAAUGUGAAACCGAAAUCAACGAAUUCUGCAAAAAGUACCAGUGUCAAGAAACCAACUCCAAAGGUGAUUGGACUUCAACCAACAAGAGAAGACGAAGGAAUUGAAAAUGAAAAUGAAAAAACAAAGACAAAUAGUGAUGAGAAAAUUAAAAAUGAUCGUAGUUCAAAACCCCAACCCACUUGUCGUUCUUCAAAACAAAAGGCAAUCCAAAAAGAGGAAAAGUCAGCAAACUCAACGAAAUGUUCAUCGAAAAGCAAAAAGAAGAAGAAGAGUCUUUCAGACGAGGCACCUUCUCAAAAAGCACAAGAAUCAAGUCGGACAACAAAUAGUACAGAUGAAUCGGAUAAUGAUUCCUUGGAAAAGUUGAAAAAACCUCGAAAGAAUUCAAUCGAUGAAGAUAUGGGUUCGAAUAUGGAAUCAAUCAAAACGGAAGACGAAGAUUUGACCAAAUCCAUUGAGUAA